CUCAAUCCAGUUGACUAAACCCUGAAAACUCGAAUAUGUGGCUAGGAUUGAUCCACGUUUAAUUUGUUAUUUGAAGAAGGAGGGGCAUGAUGGUAAUUUUACUUGUUUCACUUUUGUCAUCCCAUAGAUGGCGAUGGUGAUGUCUGCAUAUUGGCAGACUUCUCUCCUUGUUCCAAAGCUUCAUCUUGUCAUGCAUUUAAUGAAUUGUUGUACUUGGAGAACUUUCUUCUUCCCUGCUUUCUUAAUAUCCCAUCCUUCCAUCAGUUUCUUCUCUUCAUUUAUUCACAUUAGUUUCUUAAAGAAUGUGUUAAAGAGAAUCCGUUCUUCUCUUCAUUUACUCACCAUUGAAGAGACCUUGCAUUUAACAUGGCUGAUUUGAACAACCAACAACAUCUAACUGUUGCCGGCGGUACGGAGGUAGCCAACCUCAAUGAUGAUCCCGGUUCACCAUUAAAUGUUGUCCCACAUAAUCUUUCACUUCAUUUUGCAUUUAAUGAAGAUGAAGAUGCUUUGGUUGAGGGUAGAGUUUCUCCAGAUCCUGAACCUAUUUCUUCAGAGAUUACACCCUCAAUUCUGAAUCAAAAUGGACUAGAUGAUGAAGAUGGUGUUCAAGAUUGUACUUUUACUCAGUUGUUAUCAACAGGUGUUCACGCGGACGAGGAAUUUUAUGUUCACCACACCCCCAAUGGGACUAGAAUGUGGUGUCCUAAUGUUCCUAUUGUUUUAAAGCCUGUUGUUGGUUCUGUUUAUGAAACGUGGAAGGAUGUGUUCAGUAUGUACAAGGAUUAUGCUGUGUAUUCUGGGUUUUCUAUUCGUAAGGGGCAAACCAAGAGAUGGAAGGGGGUUGUCACUCACCAGUACAUAAGGUGUACUAAAUAUUCAAAACCACAGAUUAAGCGUAAAACUGAUACUUUGGAGCAUUCAAGCUUGACUAUUAGGCAAAGUAAUUUCACAGUGACAGAUUGCAAGGCUAGUAUACUGGUUAAGUUUUGUGAGGGCAGCUCUACGUGCACAGUCGUAAGGUUCAAUGAGGACCAUAAUCAUCCGUUUGUUGAGCGUUUCAAUCGUGACCUAAGUAGGACUUCAAGGAAACUACCGUUUGCAUCCAAACAGUUUAUCCAUAACAUGAGUUUGAACAGAAUUGGUCCGAUUGUUUCUCACAGAGUUUUAGUGUCCCUGAUGGGUGGACAUCACAAUGUACGUGGCACGCCAACUGAUUUUAAGAACUGGAGCCAGUCGGUUAGGCUUUACAUUGGCGAUCGUGAUGCGCAACUUGUUAUAGAUCGUCUCAAAGAAAGAUCCGAGAGCUUACCAGACUUUUACUAUGAGUUUGUUGUUGAGAAAGGGCAAUUGAGAUCGAUUUUUUGGGCAGACGAAAUUUCCAAGAUAAACUACGAGGUGUUUGGGGAUGUGUUAGCUUUUGAUGCGACUUAUCACACUAACAAGUACAACAUGAUUUUUGUUCCUUUCACAGGCGUUGAUAAUCAUAAACAAUGUGUGACAUUCGGUGCUGGCUUGUUAUUCAACGAAACCACUGAGUCUUACAAGUGGUUACUUGAAUCAUUUCUGAAGGCACACAAGAAGCAACCAAAGCUAGUCCUGACGGACCAGGAUCCUUCAAUGAAGGCUGCCAUUUCAGAGGUUUUCACAGACUCUCGGCACCGCCUUUGCAUGUGGCAUAUUAUGAAGAAACUUCCCACCAAGAUUGCUGGAGACCUGUUACAAAACUCUGAGCUAAGAGCAUUGAUGCAUCGUUUGGUGUGGAGUAUUCACAUGAAGCCAUCUACAUUUGAGACGCGUUGGCAACUUUUGAUGGCGGAAUAUGGGUUACAAGAUCACGACUGGUUGAAUGACAUGUACUCAAUUAGGGACCAAUGGGUACCUGCCUACUUCCGCGACAUUCCAAUGUGUUGUCUGAUGAAGACUACAUCAAGAUGUGAAAGCUCUAACUCAAGCUUCAAGGUCAACUCUUCUAGCGCUAACACACUAGUUCAGUUCAUGCUAUGUUACGAAACUAGGAUAGACAAUCAGCGUUACAGGCAACGCGUCGCAGAGUUUAAAACUUCGUCUAGUGUAUUCAUGGACAGUACUGACUUAGUUAUUGAGAAGCAUGCUUUUGAGUUGUAUACACAUGCAAUUUCUACAGAAGUAAGAAAAGAGAUAUACAAGGGGAAGCUGUUUUGUUACAUUGUAAACACGGAGGAUUGCGAUGAUGGUUGUGUUUACUAUGUGAAUCAAUUGGACAAACGUAACAAUGCAACCAACACAUUCACGGUUAUACUUGAGUUGAGUAACCAGUCGGUAUCCUGUUCAUGCAACAACUUCAUCCGUAUUGGAUAUCUGUGUAGGCACAUCUUUUGUGUUUACCGGGUAAACAAUAUUGAAAGAAUCCCGGCCCAGUAUGUUGUUAAGCGUUGGUCUAGGGACGUGCUUCCUAAAAGUUUAUUUUCUAUUGAAAGUCGAUAUGGUGUUGAUACUCGUCCACAAGCUGCUGCGAGAAGUCAGAUUCUGGAGAUCGUAACUGAAUGUGUGGACGCAUUAAGAAGCGAUGUUGGAGGACUUUCCUCUUUCGCUGAGCAGAUAAAGGAACUGAAAUGCAAGUUACUAAAUGGAGGACCAGUUGACGAUGAAGCGAACAAUGAUAACUAUGCUGCUGUUGAAGAAUUGCUUGGUGUUUCCUUAGAAGGGGACGUAACUCUUGACAAUCCAGACGGGAUCAGGAACAAAGGACGCGGCAAACGCCGACGAUUGUCUAGAGCCCCUCAGGAUGGUUCGAGCAACUCUGCUGUCAAACCUCCCAAAACUCCCCGGCUUUGCCGAACCUGUAUGAAGUAUGUGACUGGGCAUGAUUCAAGAAAUUGCAAGAAAAAGAGGAACAAGAACAAAUCGGGUAACGAGGACGAGGACUCAAGCUCUGCGAGUCAGGAGUCCACUUGAUUUGGUAUUUUUAUGUUGAUGUGUGUGAUGUGCGUAUUUUGAAAACUUUUGGUUGAUGACGCCAGCUUUUUGGUCUCCAUUUUAGUGGAGGCGCAAGUAAACUUUGAUCAUCCCUUUUGGACAUGCACAUGUUUGCAUGUGUAGAUUACCUGAAAAUCGAUGCACAUGCAUAUGUUUGCAUGUUAGGAUGUAUUUUGCUUUGGUAUGUCGUAUGUUUUUAAGUUUAAUGACUAUGGUUUAACUGAUCAGUUGCAUUUAUGAAAUGAU